AUGCAUCCUGCCUCUCCGCACCAGCAUCGCGCCCGCUUGAACGUCGGAUCGCCGGGAUCGGGUGUGAUGCAGACCUCCUCCUCGACGGAGACCUUCCCGCUCACGCCGCAGCACCAGUCCCCGCAGCACGCGGUCCACAUCCCUCCGCCCACAUCGCUGCCCUACCAGGGACUCAAGACCUCUGAAAACGAUGACAUGGGCUGCGUGGAGAUCCUGGCCACGGUGGUGUCCGUGCUCAUCAUGGUACUCACCUUUCCCAUCUCGGUGUUCAUCUGCUUCAAGGUGGUGUCCGAGUACGAGCGCGCGGUGAUCUUCCGGAUGGGGCGCCUGCGCAGCGGCGGAGCCCGCGGUCCCGGAGUAUUCUUUGUGCUGCCCUGCGUGGACGACUACUAUCCGGUGGACCUGCGCACCGUUUCCUUCGACGUGCCGCCGCAGGAGGUGCUCUCCAAGGACUCGGUCACGGUCACCGUGGACGCGGUGGUCUACUACCGCAUCAGCGAUCCCCUGAAGGCGGUCAUCCAGGUGUACAACUACAGCCACUCGACCAGUCUCCUGGCGGCCACCACGCUGCGCAACGUGCUCGGCACCAGGAAUCUCUCCGAGCUGCUGACCGAACGGGAGACCAUCUCGCACACCAUGCAGAUGUCCCUGGACGAGGCCACCGAUCCCUGGGGCGUUAAGGUGGAGCGCGUGGAGAUCAAGGACGUUUCGCUCCCAACUGCCCUCCAGCGGGCGAUGGCCGCCGAGGCGGAGGCGGCAAGGGAGGCGCGAGCGAAGGUGAUUGCCGCCGAGGGAGAGAUGAAGUCCUCCAGGGCCCUGCGCGAAGCCUCCGAAAUCAUCUCGGCCAGUCCGUCCGCCCUGCAGUUGCGCUACCUGCAAACCCUGAGCAGCAUUUCCACCGAGAAGAACUCGACCAUCAUCUUCCCGCUGCCCAUGGAGCUGCUCACGCCCUUCCUGAACACCGCCGCCCACUCGCAGCAGCUGCAACUGCAGCACCAGCAGCAGCAGCAACUGCAGCAGCAGCAACACCAGCAACAUCCCUCUGCUCCGGCCACUCCGCUCCAUCGGCACCAGCACCAGCACCACCAGUGACGCUCGAUGUCGGUGCUGCAGCCAUAUCUGGAGGCACUGCAUCGCUGCGAGCUGCGGCGCCAGCAGGAGCAGCGCCGUACCGGUGGAGCUGCAGUGCAACCGGCGGAUGACGAUGACGACGACCUCGUUGGUUUCCUGCUGUAGUGGAGCAGGGCGGCAGCAGCGACAUCCAGCGGAACCGGCCGGGAAAUGCCCGGGAAACGUGCUACCCGAGAAUUCGAACGGAAUUCUUUCUAGAGAUUUUAAUAUGUAUUUCUUUUUGGACUUACUUGGAAGAUCGCCCUUGAGUAAUCCUUCUCCCUUACAUUAACCUACAAUGGUAUUCCAAGAUUCGGGGUGUUCCAAGGAAUCCAUUUUAUGUUUUUUGCCUUUGUUGUUGUAAAGCCAUGAUUCGUCACUUAGGGCUAAGUCAAGACGUUAACUAUAACCAAUACUAAACAGUGUUCCUGUGGUAUCUUAAGAUUCAAUUGCAAACUCUAGAGCAAAAACAAACUAGCCAAGUACAAAAGAACACUAAGAAAGAGUACUAGAAAAAUAAAACAUAAUGUCUAAAACACAUAA